AUCACUACCUGUGCCGGUAACGGCCUGUAGGCUACGGUAUGGACGUGUAUAGCGAGCAGUUCGGCCGAACGUUUCGCCUAAUGCCUAAUACGACGGAGAACUUCACCUGGAGCCUGGAGGACCUUUUUGGCCCAGAGUCUGCUCCUCUCUCCAUCCAGAUCCCGCUGACAAUCGUGUACGUCAUCACGUUCAUGACUGGUAUCAUGGGAAACGUCCUGACUAUGAUCAUCUUCACCACAGUCCCCUCUCUCCGCAACCCCACCAACUUCUACCUGCUCAGCCUCGCCUUCUCAGACCUGCUGAUGCUCGUCAUCAACCUGCCGGUGGACAUGACGGAGCAGCUGUUCCAGAAGUCCUGGGUCCUGGGCGACACCGUCUGCCGCAGCCACGUCUUCAUGAACGAGCUCUGCUACUCCGCCACGGUCAUGUCCAUCUGUACCCUCAGCAUCGAGCGCUACAUCGCCAUCUGCCACCCGCUCCAAGCCAAGACCCUGGUCACCAAAGAGCGGACCAUGACCGCCAUCGUGGCCGUGUGGCUGCUGUCCAUCGCCUUCUCCCUGCCGGUGUCCCUGUGGAUCCAGGAGGUGUCGUUCCGGCUGCCGUCCGGAGAGUCGGUGUGGGCCAAGUGCACCAUCCCGCUGCAGUACCAGGAGCAGGUGCAGUACUUCACAGCCGUGGCCACCGUGGUGUUCUUCGUGGUGCCGAUGUGUCUGCUGGCCGGGCUGUACCUCCUCAUCGGCGUCAAGCUGCACAAAACCCGCUCCAACCCGAAGAGCCGCCGGGCGGGCAAGCUGGGCCGGCGAGCCGACGCCCUCAUCAACAAGACCCGCGGACAAGCCGUCAAGAAGUUAGGUCUGGUGGUGCUGGCGUUCGCCGUGUGCUGGACCCCGUACCACGCCCUGCGGCUCAUGUACGUGUACGCCGACAUGUUCGGGUCCACCGAGAAGGUCGUCUAUCUCAACAUGGACUAUGUCAGCACGGUGCUGCUGUACCUGAACUCCGCCCUGAACCCGGUCCUGUACAACCUGGCCUCCAAGCGUUUCCGUCACGAGUUCCGAGUUCUACUCUGCAAAAACCGCUUCAAGAAGUCUGGCCUCGGUGCCCGCAGCUACCACCGCUCCGACAUUUCCUCGGUGCAGAAGACGUCCACCACCGCCACCGUCCUGUCCAACGGGCCGGUGCGCGGCGCGUCCAACGACAGCCGGAUCGGGUCGCUGGACCGCAUCUCCGAGGAAAAGUCGUCCCAGGUGGCAAAGAACGAGUACCCACUGGAGGAGAUCCGCGAGAACGAGAUCAGCAUGAGCCCGGUGUUGGAAUCCCUGAGCCCGAGUCCUGGCAACGGCACGGAGGUCAGCUCCAUCGAGGUUCGACUGCCGGAAACUAACAGCGGAAUCGUCCUGGUGCACGACUGCCCGCGCCAGUUCCGCGAACCGGCGGCCGAAAACAUCGAGCCUCCCCUCGGCAAGGCGUCCUGCAAGCGCAGACACAAGGGUCUGGUGGGCCUUGAGAUAGACGAUGUAGUACCAAACUUUGAGUACCAUAUCAAUAGAAGAAAUGAGACUACCUAUCUGUGA